UGAAACUAAACUUAGUGACGAUGAUAUAGUCGGUUUCAGCGUGAAUUGCAAAUUAUCUGGCAAUAUCACGAAAUUUCUAUCUUAAAAUUUCUGGACUUGUAUUUGAUACAUAUGUGUAGUGUUUGUACGGUAGUUUAAAGUGAUCUGGUGAGUAGUGAGUAGUGACUGUUCAACUUGACUGACCGACCAACUUGGAUAUAAUGGGAAAACGGAGAUUCUCACCCAACGCUAAGAAUAAACAUCCUUUAGAGGCUGAUUUCGUCAAAAAUGAAGAGGAAGGCAAAGAAAAUGAAAAAACUGUGUCAUAUAUUCAAAUGUUCAGGUAUACCACAGGUCUGGACAAAUUUCUGCUAUGCCUAGGACUGCUCUCCGCUCUAGGAACAGGCAUACUUCAACCAUUGUACACCCUACUUUAUGGAAACCUUACUGGAGAUAUCAUCGCAUUUGCCUCAACAAUUUACAAACCCACUUUGACGCCCGAACAAAGAAAAGAAGCCGAAGACAAUUUUCUGGAUGGGAUCACGCAUUUCGCCGUGAUGAACUCAUUAAUAGGAUUGGGAAUGCUCGUCCUCAGUUUCAUAUCGACAACGACUUUUACUUAUUCGGCAUCAAGACAAGUAUAUCAACUCAGAUCUGUAUAUCUCACUAAAAUAUUGAAUCAAGAUAUUUCCUGGUAUGACGUUCAUGAAACUGGGGAUUUCUCGAGUCGAAUGACGGAGACGACUGAACAAAUUGUGCCUUGCCGGGAUACCUGGCCACACUCGCCUGAAGGUAAUGAAGCUACUGGUUACCUUGCAAGAGAUUGUCUGACUACCAGGUUCGCCCAAAGAGAGUUAGACGCCUAUGGUGCCGCUGGAGCUAUAGCAGAAGAAGUCCUUUCUUCAAUUAGAACUGUGGUAGCUUUCAGUGGUCAAGAGAAAGAAGCCAAACGGUAUGAUAAAAACCUUGAAUUCGCAAAGAAAAACAACAUCAAGAAAAACAUGUUUUCGGGAAUCGGUACGGGUAUGUUGUGGUUCAUGAUUUAUUCUAGUUAUGCUCUUGCAUUUUGGUAUGGUGUGAAACUGGUGCUAGAUCAGAAGACCUGGACAGAUCCUGUCUACACCGUCAAUAAUAUGGUUACGAUUCUUCAAGGACUCAACCUGGAAAUAAACCAAGGAGAUACCGUUGCUUUAGUUGGUAGCUCCGGAUGUGGAAAAUCUACCGUCAUUCAACUCAUUCAGAGAUUUUAUGACCCCGUUUCUGGAGAGAUCAGUGUCGAUGGAAAAAACAUCAAGGAUCUAGACCUCACAUGGUUCAGGGGUAACAUUGGCACAGUUGGUCAAGAACCAGUCCUUUUUGGAAUCUCCAUAAUGGAGAACAUCAAAUAUGGUAAUCUGAAGGCAACUGAAGAAGAUGUCAUCGCGGCUGCUAAAAAGGCAAACGCCCAUACUUUCAUAUCGGCCCUCCCCAAUGGAUACAACACUCUGGUGGGAGAGAGAGGGGCACAGUUAUCUGGAGGUCAGAAACAGAGGAUCGCCAUUGCCAGAGCUUUAGUCGGAAAUCCAUCUAUAUUAUUGCUGGAUGAAGCUACCUCGGCCUUGGAUUAUACCAGUGAAGCUAAAGUUCAGGCAGCUUUGGAUUCGGCAAGUGCCGGUUAUACUACUAUCAUCGUAGCUCACCGCCUUUCUACAAUUAGAGGGGCAAACAAAAUUAUUGUUUUCUCUAAAGGAGUCGUUGUUGAGCAAGGAACUCACGAAGAACUGAUGGCAUUGGAAAAGGAAUACCACGGCCUCGUUAUGGCUCAGGUUAGAGGGUCCGAAGCUGCUCAACAAUCCGGAGAUGGAAAGAAAAUCAUAGAAGUCGACGAAGACGAUAAAAUUGAUCCAGCCAUACAUGGAAAAACAAUUGCUGAUGAAGAGAUACAAGAAAAUGAAACUGACUUGUCUUUGAUUGGAAUACUUAAAAUGAACUCACCUGAGUGGUUACAACUUCUUAUAGGUAGUACAGGAUCUGCUGUUUUAGGAACUACUAUGCCUCUUUUCUCCGUGCUGUUCGGAAGCAUCUUAGGGACCUUAGCCAGUAGCGAUGAUGACUAUGUGAGGUCAGAAACUAACAAAUAUUGCUUAUUUUUUGUUUGUAUUGGCUUUAUGGCUGCGGUAUGUAAUUUCCUGCUGACAUACAUGUUCGGUAUAGCCGGAGAGAGAAUGACAGAAAGAAUUCGUAGUCAAAUGUUUCGGGCCAUGUUGGUCCAGGAAAUUGGAUUUUUUGACGACAAAGCCAACGGAGUGGGAUCCCUUUGUUCCAGAUUAUCUGCAGACGCCUCUAGUAUCCAGGGGAUUGAUUUCCUCGCGCUUCAGGUACAUUCAAAUCAAUCAGGUAGGAUCCUUUUCUUAGUAGACAGGCUUGAAUUGCUCCUUUUACAACAGUAUAUUAUAAAGUACUUACUUUCUCUUAAUUUUCCUCCAUUUGCAGUUUUAUUACUAUUUCAGAUAGCAGUUGAAGCUGUUGGUAAUAUAAGAACCGUAGCUUCCUUAUGUUUAGAAGACCAAAUUCAUAAACUCUACACCACAGAACUGAUUCCCUACUACCGAUCUGUUCAACGCAAUGUAUAUUGGCGAGGAAUAGUAUUUGGUCUUUCAAGAAGUAUGACAUUCUUCACCUAUUCUGCUAGCAUGUACUAUGGCGGUCGUUUGGUCAUUGAUGGAUUGUCUUAUGAGAAAGUAUUCAGAGUUUCCCAAGCUCUGGUUAUGGGGACAACUUCCAUUGCCAACUCUCUGGCUUUCUCACCAAACUUAACAGCGGGAUUGGAAGCUGCGAAAAAUGUCAAGCAGUUCCUAGCAAGAGUACCUAAGAUACAGGAUAGCUCUACGUCAAAAAGUAUUCAACAGGUGGAUGGAAACUUUGAUUUCUCCAGGAUAAACUUCAGUUAUCCUACCAGGUCCGAAAUCCAAGUACUCAAAGGACUCAAUCUGAGCAUCCUUCAAGGAAAAACUGUAGCAUUGGUCGGUCAAAGCGGCUGUGGAAAAUCGACUAUAAUCCAGUUGAUCGAGCGAUUCUAUGAUCCAUCGUCUGGAGAGGUGAAGUUAGAUGGAAAUAACCUGAAAUCUAUGAAGUUGGAGUCGCUAAGAUCUCACUUAGGUAUAGUUUCUCAGGAACCGAAUCUAUUCAAUAAGACCAUAGCGGAAAAUAUCGCAUACGGUGAUAAUUCAAGAGAGGCGGAUAUGAAUGAAAUUAUGCAAGCUGCCAGGAAUGCCAAUAUCCACAAUUUCAUUGUGGAUCUACCAAAGAUCGUUCAAGAAGCUCUAGAUAAAGCUAAGCAGGGAAGAACUUGCGUAACAAUCGCACAUCGAUUAACAACGAUCCAAGACGCUGACUUGAUUUGUGUUAUUGACCGCGGAAUCGUCGCUGAAGCUGGAACUCAUGAGGAACUGCUUAACAAGAAGGGAUUAUAUCACAGGCUCAAUCAAGCUCAGAAAUAGAAGAGCGUUUUGUGGAAAAAAAACUGUGAAUACUAUGUUAACAAGACAGGAAAAACAGUGAAAAUUGCAUUAGAUAAAAUUAACUUCAACCUACCUCAUAGUAUAUUCGAGAUAUGACAAUUUUUGUUACAUGUUAGAAUAGGCGGUUUUCCGAAGUAAGAGAAAAUUAUUGUUGAAUUUGUUCGUAAUAAAUGUAUAUUUUAUGUUU